AUGGAGCGAUAUCAUUCAAUCUUUCCUUUAUCAUCGAAAUAUAUAGAUUACAGAGAAAUCAAAUCAACAGUGGAAAUGACCUAUCAGAUCAUUGGCAUGUUGGUCAAUGGUGUUGGACAGACGAUGUGGAACGGCGGCACUAUACCGAUCGAAGAAAGCAUCAUCGUCCAUUUCUACGAGUGGUUGAUUCAAAUCAGCGAUGUGUCAGACGACUUUUUCAACUCUUAA